UCUUCUUCUUCCUCCAUCCUCUUUCCUUUCUCUCUCUAGCUUUCCCCUUUUUUUUUUCCCUACUCUAAGUGGGGUUUUUUGCUUGAAAAAUCUGGGCUUUGGAUCUGGAAUGCAAAUCUUGGCCGAAAUCCUAAUCUGGGUUGUGUUGAUUUUGCUACUAAAUCUCAUCUUUUUUGCUCUCUCUUUGGGGGUUUCUUCUGAAAAGAAACAGCCAUGCCUACUCUUGUUAAUUACAGUGGUGAUGAUGACUUCCUUGCUGGGAGCUCAUUGUGUUCUGCAGAUUUGGGCCUCAUGCUAUCUCUUGGUCAUGUGGAUGUUUACUGCCCCUCUAGAAAGCGGGCGAGGAUUACUGGCCCAUUUGUUGUUGAAGUUCAGGAAAAGAAACCAUCCAUCGAAGCUCUUCCUGAUGAAUGCCUCUUUGAGAUCUUUAGACGUUUGUCUGGAGGCCGUGAAAGGAGUUCCGCUGCUUGUGUUUCCAAGCGAUGGCUCAUGCUCAUGAGUAGUGUCCGCAAUUCUGAAAUUUUCAGAAGCAAGAGCCAUCAGGAUCUAUCUAUUGCUGACAAAGUUGACGGGGCUACAAAUGAUGUAGAAAUGAGCCCCGCUGAUGAAGAUCUCGAAGUAGAAUGCGAUGGGUACCUUUCAAGGUCUGUGGAAGGGAAGAAAGCUACUGAUGUUAGAUUGGCUGCCAUUGCAGUCGGGACUUCAAGCCGUGGGGGACUCGGGAAGCUCUAUGUUCGAGGGAGCAACUCUGCGCGUGGAAUUACUAAUGUUGGUCUAUCAGCAAUCGGGCGUGGUUGCCCAUCCCUCAGGGUCCUAUCGUUGUGGAAUGUCCCUAAUGUUGGAGAUGAAGGUCUUUUAGAGAUCGCAAGGGAAUGCCGUUCAUUGGAAAAGCUGGAUCUAUGCCAGUGUCCUUCAAUUUCCAACAAAGGUCUUGUUGCAAUUGCGGAAAGGUGCACCAAUAUAACCUCGUUGACAAUCGAAUCGUGCCCCAAUAUUGGUAACGAGGGCCUGCAAGCAAUCGGAAGGUACUGUACUAAACUGCAGUGCCUCACCAUCAAGGACUGCCCUCUAGUUGGCGAUCAGGGUGUUGCGAGUCUGCUAUCAUCAGCUUCUGCGGUCUUAACAAAAGUGAAACUCCAUGCUUUAAACAUCACCGAUUUCUCACUUGCUGUUAUUGGACACUAUGGCAAAGCGAUUACUUGUCUUUCUCUCGGUGCGCUUCAGAAUGUGAGCCAGAAGGGUUUUUGGGUUAUGGGCAAUGCCCAAGGUCUGCAGACUCUCGCUUCUUUGGCAAUCACUUCGUGUAGGGGAACCACAGACGUUAGUCUUGAAGCAUUGGGGAAGGGUUGUCCGAAUAUUAAACAGAUGUGUCUUCGCAAGUGUUGCUUUGUGUCUGACCAUGGGCUAGUGGCCUUUACUAAAGCCGCGGGAUCCCUCGAAAGUUUGCAAUUGGAGGAGUGCAACAGGAUCACCCAAGCCGGUAUUCUGUAUGCUGUUUCAAAUUGCAACAAGUUAAAGUCUCUUUGCGUGGUGAAGUGUAUGGCCAUCAAGGAUAUAGCUCCCGAAACUCUAGUUCUGUCCCCGUGCGAAACCCUUAGAUCCUUGUCCAUCCGAAACUGUCCGGGUUUUGGCAGCACUAGUUUGGCUAUGGUGGGUAAGCUUUGCCCGCAGCUUCAUCACUUGGACCUCAGCGGGCUUUAUGGAAUAACCGAUGCUGCUAUUCUCCCUCUUCUGGAGAGCUGCGAGGCAGGGCUUGUGAAGGUGAAUCUUAGCGACUGCCUGAAUUUGACGGACGAAGUGGUGCUAGCCCUAGCUAGGUUACACGGUCAGACGUUGGAAGUUUUGAAUCUUGACGGCUGCAGGAGGGUUUCUGAUGCGAGCUUGGUGGCAGUUGCUGAGAACUGCCUUUUACUUAAUGAUCUCGAUGUUUCGAAAUGUUCAAUAACUGAUUCCGGGGUUGCUGUGCUGUCUCGUGGCGUACAAAUGAAUCUACAGAUUCUUUCGUUGUCGGGUUGCUCUAUGGUAUCGAGCAAGAGUGUUCCUUCUCUUAGGAAACUGGGAAAGAGUCUGCUCGGUUUGAAUCUUCAGCACUGCAAUUCCAUGACUUGCAGUGCAAUCGAAUUGCUCGUGGAGAAUUUGUGGAGGUGUGACAUCCUCUCGUAAUCCUAUCACGUAUAUGGAUAAUGGAUGUGGAUGUGAAGGCAUCGAUCGCAUACAAAGGGUAUUCAGGGAACUCGAAACCAUACACGUCUUAUCGGAUCAGCCCCGAGCGAUGGAAGUGUAGAUGCUUGUGCUUUUUUCUCCCAUCUGCUCGGGGCUCACGGAGUUUUUCAGCGACUUGGUUGUUUUCCACCGAGCCACGGUGGGCGCCUUUUUUCACCAUAUUUUUGCAGGUACACUGAAACCCGCCUGUUGAAACCUUUUUUCCUCCUCGACAGAGGAGGCUCACCCCUUUCUCGGCCAUUGUCCUGAAACAACAGUUUUCACUGGCACCAUGCCACCCGAAGAUCCACGAGUCUGAACCAGCAAGUUCCCUGGAUGUGGAGCGCUAUAACACGGUGAUGCUUUUGCCUCAUUGAUUCUUCGAUAUGCUUUCUCCACUCGAUAUCAACCCCCCAGCCCCCCGGAGUCGCCUAGUACUUUAAUGUUAUGCUUUUGUUGUUAAGUUAUACUUGGAAUAACUGCUUGUUAUGCAGAGUGUACUUUCUUUGUGUAAUAUUGUCUGUGUGGAGUCCUUUAAACAUAUUGUGCUUUUCAUGUUUAGAGUCUGCUUGGUUUUGUAAUGUAUUUGGAUAUGGGAUUGUUGUAUGUUACUCUGCUUCUGGGGCAUGGAUACUGAUGCUAAGGCUCUGGCCAUGGCAACCUUUCCUAGGUUGUGUUGGCCUUUUCAGUCUUGGUUUUUUGAGGAUGUUUGUGUCCUAUUACAUCAGGUUCCCUGCUUCUCCUGCUGUGUACUGUGCAACAAUUUUGUUAUAUAAAUAAACUUUGAGUCAGUUUGUGAAAA